UGGAAGAACCCAGCAGCUGCAGGAGAACAAUGUUUUGCCUCUAGAUUUUUGGGGGAAAACGGACGCCGAGAGUCAACGACGCCGGCCCGAACGAGCGGCUCGUGGUGGUCAGGCGCCGGAUGACACUGACUAGUACAUCGUAGGUUUUCCCCACCCACUCGCCAGCAUGAGCAUCAUUCAAGACAAGCUAGGCAACGACUUCCUGCGCCCCAACGGCGGCAUGGACGCCAACUUUGGCGCGGGCAUGAUCAUGUUCAGCCACCUGCCGCCCGUCACCAGCUUCACCCGGCUGCAUUCAGUGGGGCCGCAGGAGAUGAUCCUGAAGAAGGAGAGGGACUCGCCCGACUGCAGUGGUGGCGGCAUGUCAGGAGCGGGCGACUACGUCCAUGCCCUCGGCAUCAAGCAGGAGAAGGUGUCUGAGCAUGACUACCGCCUCCCGCUGUACCCGGGUGCACUGGUCAAGAGCCCCGAGCUACUGGAGGUCACCGUCAGUAACCAGAACCUGCUGGUGCAUGAAGUCAACAUGGCCAACCUGCCGAGUCAGUUAGGAAAGGAGCCUGCUGGGAAGAAAGGUCGUAGGUCAAACGGUGAUGGACAAGAAGGCCGGCCAAGGAAGAAGCGGAGCGAGGCGAAGUCCAUGAUGGAUGGAGAUAGGGGCAGCAUGUCGCCGGGGAACAAACCUCACAUCUGCGAGCACUGCAACGCCGCCUUCAGGAGCUCUUAUCACCUGCGUAGACACGUCCUCAUUCACACUGGGGAGCGACCGUUCAUAUGCAGCCAGUGUAACAUGAGUUUCAUCCAGAAGUACCUCCUGCAGCGGCAUGAGAAAAUCCACAGUGGAGAGAAGCCAUUCAGCUGCGAUCAGUGCAACAUGCGCUUCAUCCAGAAGUACCACAUGGAGAGACACAAGCGCACACACAGUGGAGAGAAGCCCUACAGAUGUGAGAACUGCCAACAGUUUUUUUCCAGGACAGACCGACUGCUGAAGCACAAGCGGACGUGCGGAGACGCCCUGAGGAAAGUUCUGGAUCCUAGCAUGCUGGACAUGGGUUGUGUUGACAUGAGCGGCUAUGGAAUCACCCAUGGAAACGCGGCAGCGGGCAGUGGAAGAAAAAAAGGCAGGUCCAAAAAUCCUGGCGAAGGAGGCACUCGGAAGAAGAAGAAGGGGGACGCUGGGUUGAGAGUACCUCACAUUCCCACAACUGUCAGUGGAGCCUACAGCGUCCACGAUUACUCAGUGGAGAAUGAAACCGUGUCGUCGUCCACAGAGCCGGGUCCCAGCAUGCAACACCAGAGCCGUGCCCCCAAGAUGCCGUUCAAGAAGGCCCAUCGAAAAGGUCCGGAAAAGGGCGUGAAGGUGGAUUCGAUGGAGCACAGUGUGGAUCCCAUGCCGACAAAUGGUGGCAAAGUGGGAAACAACAACUACGACGACGCCAUGCAGUUCCUCAAAAAGCGGCGCUACCUCCAUAACGUCACGUCUUCAACAGGAAGUGGCGGCACCGAGUACGACUUGCUGUCCCCGCAUCCGACAGUCAUCCAGAUGACGGACGCUGACUCGGGUCUGGACAAGUCAUCCGGCAUUCCGGAUGAGGUGCUCCAGAGCCUGCUGGAGCACUACACGCACAAGCCCGACACCUCGCACCACCACGACAUCCAUUUUGAUCUGGGCGACCACCAUGUGGAGGAGCUCCAGCCCGCCUCGGCCGAAGACCUGGACGCCAGUCCGUCCGGCGACAAGGGUGUCAUGAUGAACGAGUACUCACGCUUCCUUCUGCAGGCUCUGGAGCGCACCAGCCAUAGUGCCGGCUUCCCCCUGGCCACCCAGUCUUCCGGACCCUUCCUUUACUCCGAGUGCGGCUUCGGGUCAUCGGGGGCGACCGACUCCUCACCCCAGCACGUCUUCCACCUCCUGGAUGCCACUCACCACCACCAGCUCACCCCUUCGCAGGAGCUCAACGCCUCCGCCACACCGCCAUCAUCAUCAUCAUCAUCCUACCAGAUCAGCCCGGCGGACCUCAGCGGCCACAAAGAGGGGCCACCUGCCAAGAACGGUGCCACUGUUAUAUUCCCGAUGGCCUCCAAAGCCGCACCCUACCAGAUAGAGCAUUUUGCACAGGCCUUCGGCUCGCAGUUCAAAUCCGAAGAACGGAUAAGGACCCCCGUGUCCGACUUCUCAGGGUACAGCAGCUUGCUGGCCGACGUCGGCGAGCCCGCGAGCUCCGUCUCCAAAACACCAACCAGCCAAAGCUUCAGAUGAGACCACGCCUCAAAGUUAAAACCUAUUUUAUUUGAUUUAUUUUUUAUUUUUUUAAUUAUUCUGAUGCCAUGUUUGUGCCCACUCCUCUUUCACACCAGACAAUUUCAUGUAAAUGUCAUUUAUUUUUAUUUAUGGAAUACAACCGUGACAGUGCUUUUGAGUAAGUGUAGUAUUAUUUUUAUGAUAUUAAUAUGAAUAUUUUCCACCAGCCGGCUGACUUGGUGUUAAAUAAUAAUAAUAAUAAUGGUGGCAGGGAAUAUUAGCCCAGGAUUGAGAAUGCAAAAAAAAAAAAAAAUUUUAAAAAAAGACGACAAAGUAUUACUCAGGAAACAGGACGUUGCUGACAUGCUGAAUGAGUGUGAACACUGAAAACACUUUCUCUUAGGCAAUAUAGAGAUUAUGCUGUCUUUUCUUGACCAUACUUAAAUAUGAUCUAUUGAUAUAUAUUUAUAAGAACAUAUAUAUUAUGAUACAGAUUUAAUCACGGUGGCCAUCAAGAAACAAGGACUGUUUCUAAGGUUUUUUUAAGGGCAAAAGUGACGUCAUUUGUUUUUUUUUUUUUGACCAGUAGGGGUUGGUAUUGGACAGCAAUUGGAAAAGCCUUUCUUUGACUUUUUGAUUAUCUGCCCUAUUCUUCCUCUUCAUUUCCCCUCUACCAAGUAGUGUAAGGGCCACACUGACCACAACAAAAUGAUAAAUCUAUGGGAAUUAAGUCAGAAUAAUAACAAAAAUUACAAUUUGGAGGUUUGGGGGGGGUCUUGAGAAUGAAGACGUGUUUUAAUUGAACGAAUAUUAAACAUCUUGUCACUCAAGAUGUGACAAUUACGGUACCACCACUUGUGACUUUGUUCUUGUCAAACUUAUCCAUUCUCUCCAAAUUCUCCAGAUUUUUUCUUUGCAUAAUAUGCUGUAAUUUUUCUUGUAAAACUGCAAGUCGUAAAUGUUUUUCUUCGGUUUAUUCUUGUACAAUUGUAACCUUUUUUCUUGAAACAUUUCUGCAUCCUUGUGGAAAAAAUAAUGUUCUUGUAACUUUGUUCAUGUAAAAUUGAAACUUGUGGUAUGUCUAUCCUGUGAAAUUCCAACUGCUUUAGCAAACUAUGAAUGGAGAUUUUGUCUUAAUAUUCCACUGAUAUUGGAUUUUUUCCCCAUAAUAAUCUGUGAUUUGUUUUAAAAAAAAAUCUCACAAAAGUACGGCUUUAAUAUAAUAUGUUAUUCUUUAACAUUUAGAGCGCUUCUCGUAAAUUACGUUUGAAAUGUACAAUAACUGACGUCUGUCAACUUUCAGACUUUCCCUUGAAAGAGUAAGAUUUGCCUAUUUUCACUUCGAAUGACCUGUUUCUCAUUAUAAGACUUUCUCCUUUGAACAUGGUGGUGGUGUGGCCCUCAUAUUCUGGUCGUCUUUCUAGAAAUCCAAUGAGCACUUUGAGCCGUUUUGCAUCAAGUCAAACGUUUUUGUAGUUUUGAAUGUUAUGACGGAUUACGCUUCGGUUCGGUAUUUGGGAGGGUCAAAUGUUUUUGUUGUUGUUUUUUUUUGUUGUUGUUGUUUUUAAAUCGUAUUUUUUCUCUUUCGUGCGGGAGGAUUUAUGUCAGGGUGAUUUGGGGUGGGAAUUUUAAUUGGGAUAAUGUAAAUGUGAUUCCGACCCUUACAUGUUUUAGUUAGCCAAUUUGCUCUUCUGAUUUGGUGUUUGUGAGUUGAGUUGCUAAAACAGGCGGCCCUGCGCUAAAACAAAACAAACAAACAAAAAGGACAGUACUGGUAUGCAUUUCAGAUUUGUCCCGGUAGAUAAAUUGGCUUGGUUAGUAAAUAUUAAAUGUAAUUUCUAAAUGUAUUUAUGCUUGGGAUUUUUUUUAAAUUGUAAAAAGUCUUCCAUUGAUUGACGUUGGCUGAGAAUUUUCCUCAUAUACCUCAUAUCUAUAUCAAUUGUAUCUUGAGAGAUGUGGGGAUAGCACAUCUCAUUGUUUACAAGCCUUCAUUUUAACACUACUUUUUAAAAUGUGACUCAUUUUUGUAGGCCUAUUUUACAACCGCCAAAUGUCAUAGCUUAUGAUGUCACCAUUUUUCAUUUUUAUUUAAAGUACUUGUGACUCGCUUCACUAAAACUGCCUGUCCAAUGAAUUUAAAAGUGAUUAGGGAGAAAACAAUAAAAAA